UUGUACUCGGUCGGGGGGAGGGGGUGGGGGGCGUAUAUUUUUGCUGCACCGCGUGAACCAUGAAACGUGCCGAGCCUCUCGGAGCGUCGUCAAAAUACGAUAUCCGGCCACCGUAAAGGAUGCUUGAUUUGUCGAUUCCUUCGUUCAGAAAAGUCAAAGAUGACAAGGAAUAUACAGUAUAUGAAAUUCACAUCACAUUGCCCAACGGACGUGAAGUCAUAACAGAGAGACGCUACAGCGAGUUCUACGAUUUUCACAAACAAGUGGGAAAAUUACUUGAGCAUGAUACGCGACAUCAUCUACAUUUUCCAUCAAAGAAAAUGCCGAAACCUCUCAAUACAAAUCCUCGGUUUCUAGAGUCAAGGAGAGAAGCUCUGGAACAGUACCUGAAAAAUCUUGUUUCCUUCAUUGAAAUUAGCGAAGUUCAUGACCUCUUGACGCAAUUCUUGGACACUAGUCUGCCGCAACAUGUUCACAAUAAUUUGGAUUCAUCAAGAGGGAGUUCGAUGGACGAAUUGGAUAGAUACGAAGAUGAAGGGCCUAGACUAACUCAUCAGCCAUUGAUGUGUUUCACUAAAGACCCUUUUAAAGACAACUGUGACGUGAAUCCUUUGCCAAAUGUUGUUUUGAAAGGGAUUUUGGAAGGCCUCUAUGGAUGAAGAUUUGAAGGUCAAUCUGCCAGUAGUGAAGUGUGAUACAGUACGUCAGAGCUAUUUUGUAGCUGUGAUUUGUUUUCAGCGCCACCUUCCCUAUGUUGCUACACCCGUAAAAAUACAGAGACAGCUACUAAUGGCUGCUCAAACUUAAUUAACAUUGGAGGGUAAGGAAGGGAUUAUAUUUUGCACAUGAUGAGGACAAAAAUGGUGUGGGACGUGUGAAAAGUAGAUAAGUGAGAAAUGUGUUUCGUGAAUUUAUGAUUAUAUUUAUAAGUUUUAAAAGUAUUCUUGGCAUGAUGAUGUGAAUUUUGUGAAAAUUUGCAGUCGAAAGAGGAUCUUGCCCUCCCCCAUGCCUCUCAUCCCGUCCAGCCUUUUACAUGUGUACCCCCUCUCGCUGAGGAGAAAUCCAGAAAAAAUAUCAUGGGGUGGGAGGGGGGGUGGGGGGAGCAAAGCAUAUCAAAGUAGCAACUGCGAAUGCACUUGCCUUGUCCUGAGCAGCUAUGAUUUUUUGGAAUUGUCUUGUUCCAGAAUAAAUAUCCAUUCCCCUUCCAUGGAGAGAUUUUUGAAUUAACAUAAACCCCCUCUUCCUUUUCUUCUGGAAAUUCCAAUUUUGGUUCAUACUUUAAUUUCUGUUGAAAUGUUUGGCUUUUGAGAUACCCCUUCCCUUUGGAAUUCCCAAUAACCCUCCACAUAUCUCUAGAAAAUAUCCAUGCCCAAUCCAAGGGAGCCUCCAGACACUCCUUGGGCUCGUCACGCAAAUUAUCUUCCUCCUGAUGAGCCCAAAGAGCAUCUGCGUAGGAGGCUAAAUCCAAGGAAGGUUAUUGGAGAUUCCAAGGGAAGAGGGUCUCAAAACCCAAAAUAUUUCAAAGGAAAUUUAAGUAUGAACCACAACUGGAAUUUCUAGAGGGACAGGGAGGUUUUUCAUAGUAUGGUUAUUUUCUGGAACUAUACAGUGAAUAUAGGUGACUUGCUGGGAUUAGAGAAAUUUUUGGAAAUGUUUUCAACUAGUUCUUUGAAGCAGUCAAUGAGAGCAAUAACAACUUUAAGAAAGGAACCACACUAAUCAUAGAUGAUUUUCAUGAGGCCCUCAAAAUUAAAAAAAAAAAAGGUUGAUGAUUUAUUUUAUUCAUAUCACCUGACUAUUACGAUAGAUUGGUGAUCAUUAUUUAAAUACUCUUUUACCUCUCAGCUGUUAUGUUAGUGUGGUUAGUAAGCAAAUGCAUUUUGAUCAGGCGAGUGCCAUCUUGAAUUUAGAAAACAGGGUCGGCUUGGGGAGUGACAGAAAGUGCAUUGUACGGGGUUUGGUUCUCUCAUUCCAACACUCUAAAUUUUGUCAAGACUCCAAGUUGGCCAUGUAUGUAAAUAAUAAUUGAAGGGAUGAGUGCAAACCAUGCUAAGUGACAAUUUUGUGUGUUUUUUCCUCAAAAGUACCUGAAUUUUAAUGAUAGAAAAACGUCACCCGGUAUUUUUCUCCCCUGGUUUGCUCUUCGUUUUUGAGAAAUAACAUAUGCAAAAAACUCUGUUUUUGAGUGCUUGAUCAGCAGCAGUGCCUGUACUGCAGGCUACUGUAUUUCAUAAUAUACUAUUUAUAACAUACAAUAUGAUGUAUCCACAAUAUUUUUAUAUUGAAGAGUGGAUCAAUACAGGUUGUUAGGAAAUUUGUUCAAAUAUACACAAGUUUAUAUUGUUACAUCAGUUGUAAUUUAUUACAAAAUGAGGUUUUGAGUUAUUUAUUGAUUGCACAUUAAAGAAAAAAACAAAAACAAAGCUGCAUCGUACAACUUAUUGAGCUAGGGCAGGUUUGACAGUCAGUGAACAGAUCACAAGUACAUAAUUUUAAUUUCUGAACAUAAAAUAAACAUGUUAGCUACUAGAUUCACAUGAUAAUAUUCUUACAUGUGAUAUUGCUCGCCCGAGAUUUAGGGCAAGUCACUGUAAUCAUCUGUAUUUCCAAAAAAAAAAAACUGUAUUUCCAAAAAUACAGUGGAAGUAAAUAUUAUAAUAAGAAAAUUAUAUCAUUGACACAAGAAAGGAUACCAUUCAGCAGUUAACAUUGUAAUUAAUGUUUAGACUGUAUGUUACCAUUGACCUAUUAAUUAAAUGAUAGUUGACGAAUUUCUAAUAACAAUACAUAGAUAAACAGUGUGUUUGGAUAUUUGUCUUUGGUCAUUAUUUGUUCCAAGAAGUGAACAGUUUUCUUUGAGUGAAGCUUAAGGAAAACAUGAGCUUCAAGGAACGAUAAAUAUAUCCCAGGACAAAAAAAAAAAAAAAAUGGCAGAGUGUACUUUUAAAGUCAACUGGAGGCUGUUGUGUUCAUUAUCCUUCCAUUUUUUUUUUUUGCACAUUUCAGUCACAUGAUCCGUUUAAACCAAUCAACCAAACUAGUGUGAGCAAACAUAUUUUGUGGAUUAUAAAUAUCUUUAAUAUUGUGUGAACAAGUGGGAGAGAAUGAAGUGCUUUUUGAUUGGUUCUUAUGAUCAAUUUGAGGACAGAAGUAUCUAGAUGAUGUCAUUAACCUUUUUGUGUUCUAUCAUGUAAUAAAAGAUUCCUUGUUGCCGUG